UUUUUGCCAGUCAGAAUCCUCGAUCCAAUUUGCGAUCCUGCAGCGUCGACGACGAUGCUCCAUGCGUACGCGCCCAUGACCGACAUGCCCAGCGACUCGCGCCUCGAUCGCGAGGUCCAGCCGCGCUGGCGGCUCGCCUUCGGUGCGCUCUGUCUUGUGGUCGUGGCGAUGGUGGCGACCGUCCAGGACCGGCUCGCCUUUUCCGUCGACGAGGUCAAGAUGAGCCUCUCGUAUGACGUGGUGGUGCAGCUUGCCGUGCCGCGCGCGGUGCUCUCGGUGCCGAGCUCGAACGACGGCGUGCACAUCAAGAUCCUUCAAGUGCCCGACAUGCACUACAUUGGUCGACCCGACUACCAUUGCCGGGACCCGCCGCACGAGCCAUGCUCGGAAAGCAACAUGACGUCGCUCAUUGGCGAGCUCAUUGAUGCCGAGAAGCCGCAUCUCGUGGUCUUUACAGGCGACCAAAUCGAAGCCAGAGCCGUCGAGCGCACGGCCGACGAAAUCAAAAAGGCCAUCGACACGUACGCUGACAUUGCGAUUUCGCGGCAAUUGGCUUGGUCCAUGGUCUUUGGCAACCACGACGAAGGCGCGUCCUUCUCGCGCAAGGCCAUGAUCGACUACAUCAUGGCCAAGCCAUAUGCGCUCUCGAUGGCGGGACCAGACGAUAUUGGCGGCGUGGGCAACUACCAAGUCGUCGCCAUCAGUCCCGAGACCAAGAAGAUCGAUUUGGCGCUCUACUUUAUCGACACGGGCGUCUCGGGCGCCAUCUCGGCAGGCCAAAAAGCUCUUUUGCGCAACAUGUCGGCGGAUGUCGCUGCCGAUGACGCGCCAGGACUUGUCUUUUACCACAUCCCGACGCCCGAUUACGUCGUUCACGACGGCGAGGUCUUGCCUCACGGCCACCAAGGCGAGACCGUCUCCCAUGGCCCUGCGUCCGGCCUCCUCGAGACAUUGGUGGCGAUGGGCGAUGUCAAGGCCACGUUCGUGGGCCACGACCACCUCAACGACUAUUGCAUUGCUCGCCAAGCCAUUCAGCACUGCUACGGCGGCGGCAUCGGCUACGGGGAAGCGUACGGCUCGAAAGGCCUUCUCCGUCGCGCGCGCGUGAUCGAGCUGACCAAGAAUGCGACUCAGGAGCGCAUCACGACGUGGCUCCAUGGCGCGGGCGGGGUGGUCUCCAAGGAUAAGUACUUGUUGUUUGAGCGGCAUUUUUAAGCCUCGCCACGCCACGGACGAGGUUUUCAUGCCAUGCGUCGACACCGUAUGGGCUCCUUAGGGCAAGACGACGUUAAAACCACGUGUGCUCUACAGGGCCAUGUAUCGAAAUGACAACGUGUGCUUGAUGGUUCUAUUGUAC